CGAGCUGCUUCUGUUUCCUGCUUCUUUACUUCAAUUCACGAUUGAUUCAAGGAGUUUAGAAGAAAGAUAUUCUCGGAAUCCGAUCAGAAGGGUUUGUUUCAUUCUACACCGCAUUCUUCAGCUAUUUGACCGCACAGAUGAACGCAGACUCGGAUCCGUUCAGGGUGCGUCUCAUCCCGGUCUCGCUCAAAGAGGCCGCGCUCGACAGUCCCUCGUUCCGGACUGCUUCAUGGCACAUCAGCGAGCAGGUCGAGGCGGUCGAGCGCUGGAUCGAUCAGUACGUGAAGGCCGGGCACCGGCUGAGCAUCGACGCCGACAAUAUGCAGGAAUCGGUCAACAUGCUUCUCGGACGAUCGUUUCCUACAUUCAUCACCGAGAACAUCAUCGACCAUGAUUACACGCUGACCGCGAUGAAGUCGUACUCGGAGGGACUGCGUAUUUUUUGGGCGAACUUUAUCAAGAUCAUCAAGGGCAUGGAGAAGAACGUAAUUGAGCAGCUGGACGGUCUCCAUCGCAAAGAGCUGCGUCAGUAUAAGGACAUCAAGCGCAACUUCGACAUAGCCCAGCAGCGGUACGACUCGCUCGUCGCCAAAUACAACUCCCAGGCAAGAACAAAAGAGCCGUCGUCCCUGCGCGAGGACGCCUUCCAACUCUACGAAGCCCGCAAGCUCUACGUCAAGGUCUCUUUCGACCUCUGUCUCAUCACCGUCGCGCUCAAGCACGGCCUCGACCGAGUCAUCAUCUCGUCCUUCUCCGACCAGUGGCUUAUCAUGGGCCACGACACAAACGAGGGCACAGACGCCGCGUACGGCAAAGUCGGCGACGAUCUGCGGCGGAUCAGGAAAUGGAGCGAUCUCAUGGAAUCAUCGAUGAAGAUUCUUUUCAAAGAACUAAACAUUACCCGUCGGGACCUCGAAAGCCUGAUCAUGAACGAGAUCUCCCCGCCUAGAGACCUGGCGGAGUACUCGAACUGGACCGUCCCGAACCUCAGCGACCGCUCGCACAAAUCUGCCCAGCAGCAGCAGCACUCGGGCUCGCUACCUGCGAGUCCCGUGAUUUCCAGCCCGACGCAACCGCAGACCGUCACGUCGACCACGCAGCACGCUUCGGUGAUUGAUCCGCAGUCGAUCAACUCUGAAAAGCACGGCUGGUUGUUUCUCCGCACAUAUGUCGGCAAACCGGCAAGACAGGCCUGGGUCCGUCGGUGGGUGUUUGUCAAGGACGGUAUCUUUGGCUGGCUUGUGCAGUCUCCCAGCAAGAGUUAUGUCGAGGAGAGUGAUAAGGUCGGUGUGCUGUUGUGUAACGUGAAGCCGUCUACGGCUGAGGAUCGCCGGUUCUGCUUCGAAGUGACGACGAAGGACACGUCGCUUAUGCUGCAAGCCGAGAGCCAGAGCGAUCUAGUAGCAUGGCUCAACAUCUUUGACGCCGCCAAGCGCAAGGCUCUGGACUCGCCCAAUAACAACGACACCGACAAGGCGUUUGAGAUUAUCUCGCCCUUUCCCGAGUUUGCGUCGACCGUGCAGACUUCUGCCGACGCUGAGCUGACGCAUGAUCGUCACGAGGGUAUUCCCUCGCUCAACCGCACCUCGCAGGAUUUCAGCCGUCAACCCUCAUCGAAGCGCUCGAACCCGCCCACGCCGGCUCUGCAGGCGCUCAUCAAUGCCGGCCAGGCCAUCACGGGUCAGCACACGGCGAUCCAGAAUUUCAUCACUGGUGCCGACCGGCUGUUUGACGAGAUUGUGCCUCCGUCGACGGAUCUUGCGCCGACUACGCUUGCAAACAAUCCGAUUGCGACGUCGAUGACAAAGACGGCGAUCGUCGCGCACGCGUCAGUGCCGCCUUUCUCGUUCCCAAACAGUUUGACGGCGAAUACGUGGGGUAGUGUGAAUUGGGGAGUACGGCAGUUGGCUGAGGAGCAGGAGGAAGAACGCAAACAUCUUCAGGACGCUGCUAAUGGAGAUUCCUCUCAUGUUCCGGUUGUCGUGAUUGAGCCGCCUCCAAGCGAGGACGGAAACUCGGCCGCCAACGAACGCGAGCUGUAUCAAAACCGUACUUACCAGAGCUAUAUCCCCUACGAGCUACGAGUCCAGGAUGCGCAGCUGCGGACGAUUUUCCCCAAUGUUGGACUGGACGAGAAUGUUGUGCUCGUGUUUCGAACGGUGUGGUCAGGGUCGACGAUGCAGGUGUUUUCCGGCCGCGCGUACGUCACGCAGAAGAGGAUUUACCUGUAUGCAAACAACGGCGACAUGGUGACUGCGCGGUUCCGAUCGCUGGGCGAUAUUGCUUCUGUCCGCGGCGAGUCGAACCAAUUCUAUGACGCGUUCUUUGUCGACUUUAAGGACGGCAGCGAGAUGUCUACAAAGACGUAUCUAGACUCGGGCCGGAUUAUCCAGCGACGGAUGUCGUUCCUGAUUGAGAACUACAACAGCGCGAAGCCGCUUGGAGUGGAAGAGAUCCUGAAGCACCUUCUCGAGCUCGAUAACCAGACCACGGACGUGAACUGGGACGAGGUGCCGAGUCCGCUGGCGGAGGACGAGAACGCGGAUCCGAUGGAUAAUACGGCGGUGGUGAAGGCGACGGCGAAUCUUGCGCUGGACCGGCGACUGCUGUCGCCCGCGCGGCAGCUUCCGGAUCGAUCGGUGAAGCCGAAACUGCGGUUGCCGGAGAAGGCGAUCGAGUACGAUCUGUCGAAUACGAUGGACAAGUUGAUUUUCCAGCGAAAGUUUGAGCUUUCGGCGAAGGCGUUGUUCCAUUUGAUGUUUGGCGACAUGUCGACGCUGUUUGUGCAGUUCUUUGUGAGCAGCGGCGCGAUCGACAUCAAGCAGAGUCCGUGGAUCAAUCUCGGCGGGACGAACCUCGACCGGGAGAUCAAGUUCGAAGUCGAGCGGACGGUGAUCAGGGGCUACUCGAAGCGGCAGAGCAUAGUGUGUUCGCAAAAGGUGGAGAAGAUGGAUGAUUACCUGCUGUAUGUUGUGUCUGACCGGCGGACGCCGUGGAAUUUGCCGAUGGCGGAGCUGUUUUCGCAAACGACGCAGUUUGUGAUUAGUUAUGUUUCAAAGAGCAGUUGUCAGCUUUCGAUAUGGGGUGCUGUCGAGUACAACACUCUUAGCUCACUAGUCAAGACGAUUGCGCACCGGGCGGCAAUCUCGGACUUGGAGCAAGACGCAAAGGUGAUCAACAUGCUAGUGACGAAGAACGUGCGGCAGCUCGGGACAAAGGGACGGACGAGUAAAUCGAUCCAGCUAUACGGCCAAGUCGGCAAAUCGUCGAAGCCGGUUGACGUGUCGAAGGAGUCAAAGAUAAUGCAGCUUCAGAACAAGCAGCAGAUGAUUUUAUUCUUUUCGCGACGGACGUCGGGAUUCUUGCUUUUGGAAGAAUUAUUUCUCUGGCUUGAGAAAGCUGUGGCGUUGUUACUCACGAUUCUACUCCGGUCCGGCCAGCAACUGCUCGGACUGAUAACCGAGCACUGGUUUUUGGUUGUCGUGGCGGUAUCCUCGCUGCUGCUCAAUCUUUUCCUGGGCACACGGUCGACGGUGUCGUAUUUCACAGAGAAGCGAGCGUUUGAUACGAUGAGUCAGAUCGGAGUGAAGCCGAAUGGGAUCUUGGCAAAGGCGGUGUAUCUGAAGGAUUUGCAGGACUACCUUGUUGCAGGGAAGGAGUUGGCGAAGGAGCCUGAUGGGGUUUGCUACUCAAAGUUCCGCGAGCUGUCGGAGAUUCUAACGCCAGAGUCACCGAUCGAGCUGUCGAACGCGGUCUACACCGACAGCGUGACGCAAGACGCUGCGCGACGGAUCUGGCUCGCGCGGCAGAAAGCCGGAAUCGAGCGACAUCAGCACGUCGUCGCGAUCCGCGUGAUUUCGCGAGUCGAGAAAGAGCUCGUGCGCGCGGAGUGGGGAAACUGGCUGCACGCGCAGCGGUUGAAGUGCGAGGACGUGCUUGCGUCGAGAGAAGGGGGAGUUGCGCAGAGGGAGGAUUUGAUCAGUUCGCUUGUUGGAGUGGCGGCGGACUAUGCGAGUAAUGCUACGGAGUGGGAGAGGGUUGUUCGGGAGUACUGCGCGAGCUGCGAGAACGAGUUUGAGAACGAGCACUGCGGGUUUGAUAUUUGAUGUGUGUAGUUAAGAUGAGUAGCAGGUAGUAAGAUAGUAAAACUGGGAUUGAACGUACAGGAAGCUGGGGUGUGGAGGCGGGUGUGAUCGCGCCCGUUUUUGUAGGUUAAACUGGGGCGGCCGGAUUCGGAGGCGGGUUUUGGUCGCAGUGGCGCGCAGCGAGCGGUUU